AGUGUAGUAGUAGUGUAGUGUACUUUGUUUGACCGUUUAACUCAUCUUCGUCAUUAUGACUAUAACACAACAAAAUAUUGAUGAUCAUAAUUAGUGUCCGGACGUAUAGUGUAUAUAAAUUCUCACGUCUUUGGAACAUACCUAAAAAGACAAAAUAAGAACCAAUCUAUUUAUUUGCUCUUCAAUCCCACACCUCUUGUGUCACUUUCUUCCUUUCUCUUCUCAAACUUUUAAAGCUAUUUGUGCUUCACUUGGCACAGAUUAUACUCCAUAAAUCUCAUUGUAUUAUUAUAUUCUCCCAACUCCCAAGCUUCAAUAAAUCAAACAAAAAGAUUUUGUACAAGCAGGUGAGUAAAUAAUGGAGAAGAACAACAUGAGAGACGAGGUAUGGAGUUCCUGGAGAGAUGGAGACUUUCAAGAAGAUGAUGUAUGGGAUGUUCUUGAUCAUGGAUAUCAAUCAUCGUUUAUGAUUAGUAACCAUACCACUAAACCUUGUUUCUCAACCCAAACUAAUUUACUUCCAAGCGACCCAAGAAUGAUUCCGGAGAGGCAGAGGAUAGGAGGAAUGGCACCCAUGAGACAACACUCGGCUCCUCUCAAUGUCCCUGAUUGGUCAAUGGUUCACCCAAAGAAGACAAAAAAGAAAGUUGACCAUGAUGAUAAUGUGUCACCGGAGGAAUAUUUUAUGGGACGCAGUCGAUCAUCGUCGUCUUCGGUUAUGGAGGGAGUUGGACGGAAAUUGAAAGGAAGAGAGUUGAGCAAAGUUAGGAACGCAAUAUUGAAGCAAACUGGAUUUCUUGAGUAGAUCGGUCGACCAAGAUUGUAUAAAUGUUUAGAAAAUACCUAUAUAUAUAUAUAUGAAACGAAUGUCUAGAUAUUUACGUUGUUUUUAGCAAAAGAAUUAUUAGGUGAUUUCGUUUUUUGUUUUUUGUUUUAAACUCUAGUUUGUUUGGCAUACGGCAUACCUAUACUAUAACUGUUGAAAA